CGCGCAACCAAGACGCGCGCCCCGUGGCCUUGGCCUGCCGUGUGUGUCUCGGCGGCACAUACGGCCCUCGCCGCUCGCCGACCCCCGGGCAGGGGAGCCGGCAGAGGCGGCACGCGAGCCACGCACGGCCGCGGGUGGGCACCUCUGUGCGAAGGCACAUGCCAAUGGUCUCCAUGGCGGCCAGCGCCCACACCGACAGCUCGCCGACUCCGACCAGCAACCCAUCGUUUGCGCUGCUCAGCCAGGCAGUGGCCCGGUUCGAGGAGUCUGGCGUCGCCCUGGCCGAGGAGUACUCGCGCUUCGUCGUGCAGUCCCGUGCCGAGGCAGUCACCGCCACGUCUCUCGGCGCCUCGGUGGCCACCCUGCUCGCGGUGCGCGAGUCCCGCGAGGUGGCCCAAAUCAGCCACCAACUAAACACACCCGAAGGGCCCCGGUAACGGGCCGCCUCCUCGCGCCCCCUCUUCCUCCCCUCCUCCCCCCCGCGGUCUCUCCCGCUCGCCCCUGUGCCCGAGGAAACGUACCUCCGGGUCGUGCCCGGCACAAACAGGCAUGUGCAAAAUACGCGCGCGCGCGCGCACACACAC